AUGCAGGGAGUGGCUCCAAGGGAAAGAAAGAAGGGAAGAAGAAAGAAGAAAGAAGGGAAAGAAGAAAGAAUUUCUUCAGAAGAAAGAAGGGAAAUGAUGGAAUCAAAUCCAGAGUGUGGAAGUGGCCAGCAGCUGGAGCAAAAGGCAGCUAUUCUUGUGGGGCUGGAGCAACAAUCGUCAGGGGGGAGCGACUUGUGGGAAUCUGUGGCUGCCGUCCCAAUGGAGAAAGACAGUGACGAGAGGUACAUCAGCUUUGAUGAAGUGCAGCAGCAACUAAUGGGGCUCCGAUACAACUCAAACAUCAUGCGCUUUCUGCAGGAGCAGAUGGAAAAAGCCCAAGGUCUAGCCGCCUUGGAGAGUUUGUCAGAGGGAGCAACACAGCUGCUGGAUGCUGCGCUGAAGCAAGGGCAUCGGCUCAUCGAAAAGCACACGCAGGUGUUUGACGUUAAACGCUUCUACAAGAUCGAAGAUGCCAUGGAAGCUGUACGAAUGGUAUGUGGGAACAUACAUGCUGCACUUGUGGAGCAGAAGUCUCAGAUCGCAUUUAAAGCACAGCAACAGUGUGUUGACAAGGAUAGACAGCAUUUGUAUGCACACCUUGGCUAUGUCCUCAGGUGUAGGCAGUGCGAUUUUGCUGGUGAAGACAGCUUUCAACAGGAGUGGGAGUCACUCAGGUGGCGGCAUGAGGUUCGCAUGAGAGGCCUCAACGUGAUUGUUGACAGCGAUCUCAUUGUGGGGAGGAGGAGGGGUGCUGGAGGCUACAGCCAGGUGUACGAAGGCCAGCGGAGGCGCACAAACACUAAUCGGAAGGCCACAGCGACCCCCUUAUGGAAAGCACCAGAGCUUUACGAAGAUGAGAACCCCUCCCUGGAGUCCGAUGUUUUCAGCUUCGGCCUCAUCAUGUAUGCCCUCGUGACACGACUUGUGCCCUACGGCUUUGGGACGAGCGAACUUGCAGUGAUGAGGAAAAAGCUCAGAGGUGAGCCGCCCUGCUUUGUCGGACGGGGCGACUGCCCUGAAGAUAUGCGUGACCUGAUGGAGCGAUGUGUUGCAGUGGACCCUGGGGACAGGCCGACCAUGAGUGUGGUCGCUGAAUGCGUUUCACAGAUGCCGAGAGACUGGCAGCCAGGCCAGUAG